AUGUCAGCUGUCAUGAAACUCAAGACCCUGCAAGGGCACUUACAGGGGCUAAAUGGCUUCUCAAAACCAAAAAUACAGUUUGAACAGUAUGAAACACCAGCUCAUAUUGCUGCAAUCAUGUUAUAUACUAUUCAGACACAAUAUGCAGGGUUAGAAGACAAAUUAAUAUUAGAUGCAGGAUGUGGACCUGGUUCACUAAGUAUAGGAGCUGCACUCUUGGGAGCAGGAAUGGUAACUGCCAUGGAUAUUGAUGAUGAUGCUUUAAAUAUAUUUCAAUGUAACUUGGAGGAAAAUGAAACUACAAAUAUAAAUGCAUUACAGUGUGAUUUCUUAAAUUCUUCAAUCUUUCGUUGGGAAAACUACUUUGACACUGUCUUGAUGAAUCCACCAUUUGGAACCAAGAAUAAUUCUGGAAUUGACAUGAAGUUUCUACACAUGGGAUUUACUUUGAGUUGCGACAGUGUUUAUUCUUUACACAAAUCUACAACAAGGUCACAUGUACAAAAGAAAAUCAAAGAAUGGGGAGGCAAAGGAAGCGUGAUUGCAGAGUUACGAUAUGAUUUACCAGCCACAUACAGGUUCCACAAGCAGCAGUCGCGCGAUAUUGCAGUGGAUCUGUGGCAAGUUCAACAUCCACAUUCCUGA